GUAGUCGAUACGUUGAACUGUCGCUAGUUGUACAUAAACAUGACCAAAAUCAAGUGUCUAUUAUUUACUACAUUAAUUCUUAUUUUUACUUUUGAACAAUGUCAAGCAAAAAUAAAGCAACUAAGUAAGUAUAAGAGCCACCUCAAUGUAAAACAACACCACUCCAAAAUAAAACAUAAAUACCUGGCACCCCAUUUCCAAUCACUACGGAACGACUGUCCCGGAUUUUCGGAAAGAAUUGACAAAGCCGACGUACAAUACGAAGAAUGCGCUGCCAGGAUUUUUUCAAACGACAGUACACUCAUGUGCACAAAAAUGGAAACACUGACAUUAAAUUGCAUGGAACAUGUUUAUAGCAAGAUAGUAGAUGACUGUUACGGAGAACAAAGUAAAGGCGUAUUUUCAUUAGUGCUUCAGUCGUUUGCUUCAGUCUUUGAAUACUUGUGCAAACAAACGGGGGAAACCCUAAUAGAAUUAAGUAGAUCAUGUUUGUGGAACGAUUUAGAAGAUAAACCCGAAUCGCUAAGUCGGUGUGAAGAAAUAAUAAAAGAGAAAGCUAUGUGGUAUAGAGACCAUGGAUUUGCUACUACUACGAUAUGCAGAGACCUGUCCGGCUUUAGGGACUGCAUCAAGACGCGUGUUACAAUAACUUGUAAAUGUAACAAAACUCGAGAAGCUUUUGUUGGUUUGUAUGACGCCAGCAUUGCUCCCUGUAAAAACAUUUUAAAUAAUUAAACUUUUUCUGAUUGUACACAA